AUGGAUAAUGGGAUACUCAAACCCUCCUACAACGUUAAUGGAUACUCCAAACCCUCCUACAACGUUAAUGGAUACUCCACACCUCCUACAACAUUAAUGGAUACUCAAACCUCCUACAACGUUAAUGGAUACUCCAAACCCUCCUACAACAUUAAUGGAUACUCCACCCUCCUAAACCCUCCUACAACACACCAGCCUCCACUGUCCCAGACCAGACACCCCUCCAGCCUCCCCACACCAUCCCACAGACCGUCCCACCAGACACCAGCCUCCCAUCUCCGCACUGUCCCACCAGACUCCCAGACCUCCCUGUCCCACCACCAGCCUCCCCUCUCCACACAGACCCCAACAUCUACUGUCCCACCAGACUCCACACCGUCCUCCCACCAGACCCCAGCCUCUCCGCACUGUCCCACCAGACUCCAGCCUCCCCUCCACACCGUCCCACAGACCCCAGCCUCCCCUGUCACCCCAGCCCCCACCACCUCCAGCUCCAGCCUCCCACCAGACCCCCAGUCUCUGUCCCACCAGACCAGCCUCCCACCCACCAGCCUCCACUGUCCCACCAGACCCACACCAUCCCACCAGCCUCCUACUGUCCCACCACUCAGCCUCCCAUCUCCACACCGUCCCACCAGACCCCAGCCUCCCCUCUCCCACACC